AUGGCUGAAGCUUCGGGAGAUGUUACUUUUGAUACUAUCGUCACCGACGAUCUAGAUCAAUCACUGGGCACAGGGCACUUCUGUGAAAUGAAGGUUGAUAAGUUGGGGAAGAUAUCAGAAUUGACAUAUCUGGGGGGAGAGCCGCUGGAGCUGCAUAACUUGCACGCGUUGCUUGGCAUGCCAGUCGCCUAUCUCAAUGACAUAUCCAAGAAGUGCUCCGAUGGGCAGACCAAAGCGAUUAUCGAGUACCUCGAAGAUAGUUGGGCGAAGGCCUUGUUCCACGAGAGGUAG